GAGGAAACGUCACGUUGCUUCAACGCUCCAUCCUGUUGGGAUCUCUAUUUGAUCGGGAGGAUGCAGAGAGGCGGUGAUCUGCCAAGUGAUUGAAGACGCGCGGCUCCGGAGGAGGCGGAGUGAUCCCUCCUGCCCAAGACGCACAAGUUCGCUCUCGGACCUGAAGCCGCACUGUUCGAGCGUCGCCGGGGGAGGAAGCAGCGCUGCUCUGAAUCGCACGGACUCUGCUCACGCGUUCCGCGUCUGCUUUAAAGGAUAUUCUGUCGUUUAUUUUAUUCUUGGAGGAGGCUUUAACCUUCAGACCUUUUUAUUUUUGGCUCUCUGUCUCCCCGUCACACAUGCCUUUUUCAACCAUUUGUACGAAAAUUGGGUCAUGAUCACAUCGCCCACGGUCUCUGUCCUGAGAAAUAGCACGAAUCCAGCGUGGGAGAGCGGCUCCUCCUCGAGGGAGAAGGGAGCAGCGAAGAUCAGCCAACUAUCCAUCCACAACUCCGUCUCUCCCGCAGACCCUUCUCGUCAAGCCAGCCGUCUCCCCAUAAAGGUUUUGAAAAUGCUCACGGCUCGGGCAGGACACAUUUUACACCCGGAGUACCUCCAGCCUCUACCUUCUACUCCUAUCAGCCCCAUUGAGCUGGAUGCCAAGAAGAGUCCGCUGGCCCUUCUGGCCCAAACGUGCUCACAGAUCGGCAAACCGGACCCGCCGUCCUCAUCCAAGCUCUCCUCCGUGGCUUCAAAUGGAUCUAGUGAGAAGGAGAGCAAAUCUGGGCCACUGAAAAUGAGCGACAUUGGAGCCGAAGACAAAUCCAGCUUUAAACCUUACUCCAAAUCGUCAGAGAAGAAGGACUCGAGCAGCAGCCUCAGUGGAGAUAAAAACAGUUUUCGAGUGCCUAGCGCCACCUGCCAGCCGUUCACUCCCAGGACAAGCAGCCCCAGCUCGUGCACCUCCAUUUCUCCACUUCCUUCUGAAAGUAAGGCGAUUGAMAAAGAGGACAAAAAGGAGUCUGACUGCAAUAAAAGCAGCACCACAGAGAGCGGUGGGAGCCAAAAGAUAAACGGAAUUACCUCUGAUAGUAACCAAGAAAACACAUCUGGAUCCAAGACUGUGACAUCAGACUCCAUAUCUGUAACCUCAUCAUCCUCCUCURUUCUCAGCUCUGGACUGGUGGCGCCCGUCUCCCCCUACAAGCCCGGCCAUACAGUUUUCCCUUUGUCCUCUGCUGGUAUGUCCUACCCUGGAAGUUUAGCGGGGGCUUAUGCAGGUUACCCGCAGCCGUUUCUCCCACCCGGAAUGACCCUUGAUCCCACCAAAUCCAGCAACCAGCUCCUAAGCGCGCAGUUUGCUGCUGCCAGCUCUUUGGGGUGCAGUAAAACUGGAACAAGCCCCCUGGCUGGAGCAUCCCCACCGUCGUUAAUGUCUGCCAGUCUGUGUAGAGACCCCUACUGCCUGAGCUACCACUGCACGAGCCAUUUGUCUGGAGCGUCCACCUCUAACUGCUCACAUGACUCUGCUGCUGCUGCGGCGGUUGCAGCCAACGCUCUUAAGUCUGGAUACCCGCUCAUGUACCCGGCGCACCCAUUACACAGCAUGCACACCUCAGCCCCGUCUUUUACUGGACACCCCUUGUAUCCCUACGGCUUCAUGUUACCCAACGACCCCCUCCCGCAUGUUUGCAACUGGGUGUCUGCUAACGGACCUUGUGAUAAGCGCUUUGCGUCCUCUGAGGAGCUCCUCAGCCACUUGCGGACUCACACGGCCUUCGCCGGCACAGAGAAGUUGAUAUCUGGGUAUCCGGGGUCGACCUCUCUUGCAAACGCCGCUGCCGCCGCUGCUAUGGCUUGUCACAUGCAUAUUCCUCCUAACGGCAGCCCGGGCAGCCCCAGCACGCUGGCCCUCAGGGGCCCUCAUCACCCCCUCGGACUCAGCAGCCGUUAUCACCCGUAUUCAAAGAGUCCCCUGCCAACCCCCGGGGCUCCAGUGCCGGUGCCUGCAGCCACUGGGCCAUAUUACUCCCCGUACGCAUUGUAUGGACAAAGACUGACAACAGCCUCGGCCUUAGGAUACCAGUAGUAACAAAGAAUUAUACGUUUAUAAAGGAGAUUUAGGCCUAAUGAGUUUUAUAUUGUAUUUCAUGCAGGGACUGGAUCCAUGUCAGGAUCAGUGUAUUUAUUGGCGAUAGCUUCAAGCGUGACUAAAAUAAAAAAACAAUAUUAUAAUAUAAAUUUGACAUGCCUCAAUGUGCAUUAUUUUACACAGGAAAUAUCUUUUGCAUUCCAAAGUUUCAGUUUGAGCAAAAGUAAAUGGGACUCGAUAAUAGAUUUUAUUUUGUAUUUCAAAUAAAAGGUGGACUCCAAAGCAAAUAUUAUCGUAGCUUCGCUGCACCCAGACGGAUUGGGAGUUUUGACAGCAUGAUGAAAGUGAAAUAAAAAAAAUAAUCAAAGAAACUUUUUUAGGGAUGGAAUUGAUUUAUUGUGUAGAAAGCAAAGUAGUGCAUGGAGCCUCUUUUUCAUCUGAUAUUUUCAGAGCACCACAGCUCUGAAACUGUGUACAUUUGUCUAUUUUUGCUCCAUUUGAGACAGGAUUUUAUUUUUAAAACGCAGAAUAAACUCAUUUGGAUCAAGUCAGCAUUAAGAUAUAAAUAUAUCAUUACUCUUAUGAAUGAUACUUUGCACCGGGGUUAUGAAAAGCAUGGCAAAUAUUUAAAAUCAAAAUAAUCCCGGAAAAUGUUCCUCUUAUUUGCAGAACUGUAUCGUUUUAUGAGGUGGUGUCACAUGAGUGUGACUACGAGCUUUGAAAUGGGCCUACAGAUGCAUGUUUUUAUAUCAAACACAUAAAAUAGAAUCAAAUAAGCAUGCACAAAUGGUUUUUUUAUGAUUAAAAAAGAAGCUAAAGCCACUUACAAACCUUGCUGCAUUAGAACUCAAAUCUUCUCAAAACUGCAGAUUAUUAAUUCAUUUAAGACAAUAAAAGAUGUGAGUGAGAAGCUGUCAAAACAAAAAUUUACUGUGGCACAGAUGUGGGACRCUUUCAGAGCUUUUGUGAUCACUCUAAUGAGGCUAUGAAGCACGAACAAAAAGAGGGUUUUAAGUAUUUAAUCAAUCUGUUCAAACAAAUCAGCUAAAUUAAGCCAACAGUGUCAUUAUCCAUCCUCUGUAAAUCAGGCCGCUCUCCAGCAGUAAAAUCAGUACGGUCAGAUGUCGUCUACAUCAAAUCCACCCAUCCGUCAUGUAGAUGAGGCCUAAACAUAGCUCUGUGAUAGAUGGUAAUAAAGCCGUUGCCCCACAAUUCAGCAUCGCAGCCAGUCAGCCAUGAAGCCAGAGUGGGUCGUCUGCAAUGCAUUUCUCUUCACUUCCAAACAUUAAUAUAAUGUGAACAAACGAAGAUCUAAAAAGUCAUUUCUCAAAGCCUGACUGAUGUGUGACAGAAAGAUUUAUGCAUCUUCUCAUGCAAGAGCAAAUAGACCAGUUCAGUUAUGGAGGAUAUUUAAUUUGAAUGUAUUUGAUGAGAAAUUAUUUUGAUUUUUAGGAUGAACAUGUAGAACUACAGCUGUGUUUCUGUGCUUUUAUAAUAAAUGUUCUGACAGUGA